CACCAUUAUAAAUACGGACCUCCGUCUCAAAGCGUUGAAAAGGAGAAAGACAGAUAGACGAACACAGAGGACAAUUAGUUUCACAGGACUACUUUCAAUUAAGAACUGACAAUGCGAGCCAUGAUUCCGCUGUUGGUGGUGAUAGUCGGUGUCAUGGUGGUGACGACUCAAAGUGAUAGUCCAGGUACAACACCACUGCCAACAAAACCGACAACACCAACACAGCCAACAGUAAAUGGAAAUCCAACACAGCCAAAAGUAAAUGGAAAUCCAACACAGCCAAAAGUAAAUGGAAAUGUGUCUACACAACCACACAACAACACUGCCAGCGCCAUGACGUCAUCGACUUUCGGGAUAGUUCUCUCCGUUGUGGGCGUGGCCACCGUUAGACAAGUGCUCUAGACCGUCCUCCUGACCAACGUCAACUGUCUAAGGAUUGGAACGUAUCAGAAAUGUAAAAACCUCACUUCGACGCUGAAUUUAUUUAAGUGACAUUUUGCUACCUUGAGUUUCUUAUUUACAUAUUUACUCUCAGAAUAAUAACAUGUCUAUGUACAUGACUUUGAACGAUGCAAUUUUCCUCGAGGGUGUAGUUUUGGCAAUAAAGGUAUUUUCCUUGUGACAUCACCCCUGGUAAAUUGACGUCAAACUGUCUCCAUUUUCUACCUAUUUCCAUACCUUCCUAUUCUAAAUUGUACAUGAUUAAGAAUUCCAACGAAGCCGUUGCUACUUGUCUCCCCACUAAGACAAACUACCACGUGUUUUGUACAGUGAGUUUAUAAGUAGCCGUUCUGUGGCAAUGACUUGGGUUCGCGUGAUCACAUGGUGAAAUGUAGGGAUUGAUAGACUGCAGUUUUUGAUUUUACCGUUGUAUCUGAAAUGAUCUACUAAUAAAAAGAUAUCUCAGAUC